GGUAGCGCAGCCUUGCUUAGUACAUCUUUCCAUUUCACCCCACCAUUCGCCAUCGAGUACCAGUCCAGUACUAGUACUAGUACUAGUACUAGUACUAAUAGCUAGCUAGCUAUGAAAUUAUAAUCAAUUAUCAAUCAAUGAAUCAAUCUCCAGUCCAAUCUACAUUCAUAAACAUCACAUCACAUCACAUCACUCAUUAACCACACAUAUACCUUCUCUACCCAGCAAUCCCAUCCAAUCCAAAGCGCAUUUCUCGCAUCUGCACUUCUACCUUCACUUCUAUCUACCAUGGCGACUAAAGAACCCCGCCCUUCAAUUGUCGGGUCGGAAAGCGGUCCCGAAUCUCCUUAUCCUUUGCGAAUGGAAGGGGAAGUGGUUUCGGGAUUUGGGCGCGGAUCUAAAGAACUCGGAAUCCCCACCGCCAACAUCCCCGUAACAAACGUCCCCUGGAUCGACACCGCCCCCUCCGGCGUAUACUUCGGACACGCCGCACUGGACCUUCCGGCCUCUCACCCCGAACUCCAAACGCCCUCCUCCUCCUCCCCCUCCCCCUCUUCCUCUUCCUCUUCCCCCACCACCCGCCUCUACCCUAUGGUAAUGUCCAUUGGCUACAACCCGUUCUACCGCAACACGGUACGCUCAGCCGAAGUCCACCUACUCCACAAAUUCUCCCAAGAUUUCUACGGCAGCCACAUGCGCGUUGAGAUUCUGGGCUAUAUUCGACCCGAGCUGGAUUAUGUGGACAAGGAGUCUUUGGUGAGGGAUAUCGAGACGGAUAUUGAGGUUGCGAGGGCGAGUUUGGCGAGGGAGAAUUGGGGGGUGGAGAAGAGCGAUGCGUGGUUGGCGGGGGGGAAGAGUGAAUAGAGGGGAGGUGGAAAUUAAAGGCUGGAGAGACGAUGAAAAAUAGAUGAUUUGGGAUGCGAAAGGCAAGGAAAGGAAAGGGGAUGGGGAGGAAAGGAAAGAAGAGGGAAAAAGAUGUAGCGAAAUAGAAGUGAAGAUGAGAGUUGGUAGUGAAAUAAGCGGAGGCGUUUGGGUGGGAACUCUAGAUGGUCAAAUAAAUAGAUGGAUAUCAUUUACGACUAGAAAAGGUAUACGCAAAUAUUGCAGCAAUAUCGCAAUGCACACUUAAAAAGAUCAAUCACAUCUCAGUCACACAUCCUCAAACCCA